GUUAAACAUUAAAUUAAGUUAAAACAUUAAUUUAAUGCACUUGACUUUAUUUUUCUUUCACCGGUCAAAUAAAGUAUGGUUUACAGUAACGAAUGUUACCGAAACUCAACGAACAUUACCCAAUAAUUUCCGACGCUAUAUCGUGAUUUUACCCACUUAACUUUAUUUUUUAUUUCAACGGUCAUAUAAGUAAGCUUGUUUACAAUAUCAAAUGUUACCGAAACUCAACAAACAUUACCAGAUAAUUUCCGACGUGAGAUUACCCUCUAGAUCUAGAUUCUAGAUGAUCUUACUUAGUCUUGGUAAAUUUAAUUAUUUUAGUUAGGCCUAGAUUUUAAAAAUUAUCGGGUAAUGUUUGUUGAGUUUCGGUAACUAGAGUUACGGUAAACCAUGGAUUAUUUGACCAUUGAAAUAUAAAUAAAUUGAAAGUCGAUUGUAGUAAAUUAAUGUUUUAUUUUUUUUAAGUUUAAUCGACAAAAGGAAACAAGAAUAACUAUAAUUUUAGAUUUAAAUUAGUAGAUCUAAAAAAACAUAUAUUAAUAUAAAUAUAAAUAAUGAAGUCAAAUGUAAUAAUUUAAUGUUUUUGGCUUGCAGCGGAUUUGCGACCAUUAAUUAAUUAGAUCUAGAUCUAGAUCUAGCUAUCUGCUAGGCCAAGUAAAAAAAAUCUAGAUUACGAAAAUAGUAAACAUUAUUACAAAGAUGUAAAAAUGAUUACAAAAAGAGUAAAAGUGACUAGAAACAGGAAUCGUACACUAUUUUGAAAAUGAAACAAGACUUUGUAACCACACCAUUAUUUGUGCUUAUGUUAUAGCUGAGAAACUUUUGUCUGCUAUUAAAAACUACCGGUAUCCCCCCCCCCCCCCACAACAAGAGACGGUGGAGGGGUCACUGUGAGUAGCAUAGUCUAAUGCGUCAUAUCAUGAACUGUACCGUAACUUUUAUUCCCCUCCUCCCUCACCUAGCCAGACAGCACCAUCUACGUACUUGGGGUCACCGUGAGUUCAUACAAGUUUAGAUAUAAGUGACCUUAGUUACUGGGGCGGGUUAGUCUAGCCCUAAACGUUUUCACGGUCAGUCAAGCAACAACAACAAAAAAGACAGUCUUACACUCUUCCCCCCUCCCCCAAUGACGUAGUAACUGAGAAAUCAGGUUUCAUCUGCGAUACCCAGCAAAAACGUCAUACCACAGUGUAGACACGUCCAGACUUUUUAAAGUCAAGACUUUUUUCAGACUGCGUACCCUGUUAAACAAUCAUACAAUGUUUAGUAGCAGAAAUAUUUAGCUGAAACACUUAAAAAUAACUAGUUAUACAAAAUGAGUAAUAAAGCAGGAUUUAACACGCAAUUAAAAUAAAUCUAUCCAAAUUUUAAACGUUCUGUAUUAAAAAUAUAAGAUAACGCCAAAUAAAGUAUGGUUUACAGUACUUCCGGUGGAUACCGGAACUGUGUGACAGAUUUUGCCAUUGUUUUACUGUUUUUUUUUACUGCUAUACGAUUCCGGAAUAAUAACCGACGCUAAACUAAGGUUUUACCUUUAAAAGUUAUGGCUAUCAAGUUAUUUUCAGUCUUCUCUUGUAUUAAAAGCCUAAAUUUAUCUAGAUCUAGAAACUAUGUAAGUCGAGUAGAUCUCUCAUUACUCUCAGUAAAAAACAAAACACCACAGGCGAAUAUUUUUUUGAGAAGGCACUUAUGUUCAAAGUCACAGUUAGAUUUUCAUAGUAAGAGAAACAUUGUUAAAGACACACAAGUUUAUUUUCACUCAGACGAUGCUUUCUAUAAAAUUUUAUCCUAUUUUGGGAUUUUUCAAAUGGUGAUGUGGAGUUAUUUGUCACUGUUUGCUGUCCAACAAAUAAAAGUUAAUCCAGUCAAAGAUGUUUCUAAUCUCCCAUUGUGGAAACGCUUGUUAUACAAAGAAGGACAAUAUAAAAAUGCACUUAGUUUACUCAGCCUCACUGUUGGAGCAGCUGUUUUGUUUAUAUCUUUGACAUACCCAAGAAGGGCCAUUAAAAGUCUUUGGAUUCUCAAAGGUGGACAAGAUGUAAAGGUGACAACGUACAGCUGGUUAGGAAAAACUCAAACUUUUCAGACACCAGUUGAGCACAUUAGUUGUAUGCAGUCUCGAGCAGGUGUUGGCCAGCAUAUUCCUCUCAAGCUUAAGGGGAAGAAUUUUUACUUUCUUGUGGAUAAGAAAGGCUCCUUUCCAAAUGUUGAGUUGUUUGAUUUUGUUAUUGGCGUCAAAAGAAGAAUUUGAACAAUAAAGUGCAAGUCUAUUUUAAAUAAAUGUAUUUUGUUUGGUUAAUUUAGUUGCAAAAUAAACAGGCAAUACUGA